AUGGGCGUUCCGCAAAUCACAAGCAACACCGUGGCACCCGUCGAACGCAAGGUGGAGCGCGGAAGCUACGGUGCAACUGCGCCAGCAGCGCCGGCAGCUGCGUUCGCCUCCACCGAGUCCGAGCUGAUCAGGGAUAGUGACCCUUCGCUCUCAACGAUGUGGUUGCCGGUGGAUCUGAGUGUCCAACUCACUCCGAAGGAGCGUCUGCAGCUGGCGUGGUCGGCGGCACGGCCGUGGCGAGAGUGGGCUGCACUGCACGCACUAGCGCCGCCGCCACCCUCGUCGUGGCUGGACUGGAGCGCUCGUGUGCGCACGAAUUUGGAGCUCUACGCAUGGAACUACCUCUUUGUGGCCCUUGUGAUGUUCAUUGUGACGGGUUUGUUCUAUCCGUGGAGUGCGCUGCUCCUAAUAUCCUGGCUCCUGCUCGCGCUGUACAUGGGUGUACGCACGGCUGAUGCCGUCGGGGGCGAGGACGCUUCGCUGGGCGCGCGCAUGUUCCAGAACUGGCCUGGCUAUAUCCGAUACAUUUUGCUGGGUGGCUUGCUCACGCUCAUGUUGUUUCUGACAGACGUUGUCGCCUUGGCGCUCACCAGCGCAUCGUUGGCCGCAGCUGUGACGCUCGCGCACGCAGCGCUCCACGAUCCCGUUGCCGUGCUCUCCGCGCGGAAUGCCGAAUAUACCGUGGCACCGUAA